GAGGCGGGCGUGGAGAGGCGUGACCGAGAUAAGGGAGGUGGUGUAGUGCUUUGCAGUACCUCUGUGUGGCCCUUCAGCUCUUACUGUAGAGAGGAGACUUGCGUCCAAGCUAACAGCUGGAGUCUUUUGCGGACCACUUGCCUUCUUCUGUCUCUGGGAUUAAAGGGGAAGCCGAAAGCUGGGAAGGGCGCGGCUAUCUUCUGCAGCUUGCGUGGCUGCUGCUGCGGUAGCAGGUAGAAAGAUUACUGCAUCAACUCACUGAAGCAAUAACCUCACUCUUUGUCUUUUAAACUUCAUCAACAAUGAAGCAAUGAUAUCUGAGAACAGAAGAACAUUUGCCAACUAACUGUCAUCACAAUUUCAAGUGAUUGUAUAAGCAGAAACAAGCUGUGACAGAGCUCUGUCAGCUAGUUUAGAGAGAAUGGUUUAUUUAGAAGCAGUUUUAGCAUAGUGCUUUAUAUCUGUAUCAAAUGAAAUAAAAAUGAGUGAGGCCCCCAGAUUCUUUGUUGGGCCUGAAGAUACAGAAAUAAACUCAGGAAAUUACCGACAUUUCUUCCACCAUACAGAUGAAGAUGAGGAGGAAGAAGAUGAGUCUCCACCAGAAAGACAGAUUGUGGUUGGAAUAUGUUCCAUGGCAAAGAAAUCCAAAUCCAAACCAAUGAAGGAAAUUCUUGAACGGAUCUCCUUGUUUAAAUAUAUCACAGUAGUAGUAUUUGAAGAAGAUGUUAUUUUGAAUGAACCAGUAGAAAACUGGCCUUUAUGUGAUUGUCUUAUUUCGUUCCAUUCUAAAGGAUUUCCACUGGACAAAGCAGUUGCCUAUGCAAAACUCAGGAAUCCAUUUGUAAUCAAUGACUUGAAUAUGCAGUAUCUCAUACAAGAUAGAAGAGAAGUAUAUAGUAUUCUUCAAGCUGAAGGUAUUUUACUUCCUCGUUAUGCAAUUUUGAACCGUGACCCAAAUAAUCCCAAAGAAUGCAAUCUCAUUGAAGGGGAAGAUCAUGUAGAAGUAAAUGGUGAAGUUUUUCAAAAGCCAUUUGUAGAAAAGCCAGUCAGUGCAGAGGAUCACAAUGUUUACAUUUACUAUCCCACAUCUGCAGGUGGUGGAAGUCAAAGACUUUUUCGAAAGAUUGGCAGUAGAAGUAGUGUUUAUUCCCCAGAAAGCAAUGUACGAAAAACAGGCUCGUAUAUAUAUGAAGAGUUUAUGCCUACAGAUGGUACUGAUGUAAAGGUUUAUACAGUGGGUCCAGAUUAUGCGCAUGCUGAAGCUCGAAAAUCUCCAGCACUUGAUGGCAAGGUGGAACGAGACAGUGAGGGAAAAGAAGUUAGAUACCCUGUUAUUCUUAAUGCACGAGAGAAAUUAAUUGCCUGGAAAGUCUGCCUUGCUUUUAAGCAAACAGUUUGUGGUUUUGAUUUGUUACGGGCCAAUGGACAGUCCUAUGUCUGUGAUGUCAAUGGCUUCAGUUUUGUGAAAAAUUCCAUGAAGUAUUAUGAUGAUUGUGCAAAAAUACUUGGCAAUAUUGUAAUGAGAGAGCUUGCUCCACAAUUUCAUAUCCCCUGGUCAAUACCCUUAGAAGCUGAAGAUAUCCCAAUUGUACCAACUACAUCUGGAACUAUGAUGGAACUUAGAUGUGUCAUAGCUGUGAUACGUCAUGGGGAUCGAACACCAAAACAAAAAAUGAAAAUGGAAGUGAGGCAUCAAAAAUUUUUUGAUCUUUUUGAAAAGUGUGAUGGAUACAAAUCGGGGAAAUUAAAACUCAAAAAGCCAAAACAAUUACAGGAAGUGCUGGACAUUGCCCGACAACUUCUUAUGGAGCUGGGGCAAAAUAAUGAUUCUGAAAUUGAAGAAAACAAGUCAAAACUUGAACAACUUAAGACUGUAUUAGAAAUGUAUGGCCAUUUUUCUGGAAUAAAUCGUAAAGUCCAAUUAACUUAUCUCCCUCAUGGUUGUCCUAAAACAUCUAGUGAAGAAGAAGACAGCCGAAGAGAAGAACCAUCCUUACUUUUGGUUCUAAAAUGGGGAGGAGAACUAACUCCUGCAGGCAGGGUCCAGGCUGAAGAACUUGGAAGAGCUUUCAGGUGUAUGUAUCCUGGAGGUCAAGGAGAUUAUGCAGGAUUUCCUGGUUGUGGUUUACUUAGAUUACAUAGUACCUAUCGACAUGACCUCAAAAUAUAUGCCUCUGAUGAGGGACGAGUACAGAUGACUGCAGCUGCUUUUGCAAAGGGGCUCUUAGCUCUAGAAGGAGAGCUUACACCCAUUCUUGUUCAGAUGGUAAAAAGUGCAAAUAUGAAUGGUCUUUUGGAUAGUGACAGUGACUCUUUGAGCAGUUGUCAGCAACGUGUGAAAGCAAGACUUCAUGAAAUACUUCAGAAAGAUAGAGAUUUUACAGCUGAAGACUAUGAAAAGCUUACUCCAUCUGGAAGCAUUUCUCUAAUUAAAUCAAUGCAUUUAAUUAAAAAUCCUGUUAAGACCUGUGAUAAAGUUUAUUCCUUGAUACAAAGUUUGACUUCUCAAAUCAGACAUCGAAUGGAAGAUCCCAAAUCAUCAGAUAUUCAGCUUUACCACAGUGAAACAUUAGAGCUUAUGCUACGUAGAUGGUCCAAGUUGGAGAAGGACUUUAAGACAAAGAAUGGAAGAUAUGACAUUAGUAAAAUCCCUGACAUAUAUGACUGUAUAAAAUAUGAUGUCCAGCAUAAUGGUUCCUUGAAAUUAGAAAAUACAAUGGAAUUAUACAGGCUUUCGAAAGCAUUAGCAGAUAUUGUUAUCCCUCAGGAAUAUGGUAUAACUAAAGCUGAAAAACUGGAGAUUGCCAAAGGCUACUGUACUCCUCUAGUUAGAAAAAUUCGCUCAGACCUCCAGAGGACACAAGAUGAUGACACUGUAAAUAAACUCCACCCUGUGUAUUCCAGAGGUGUUCUGUCUCCUGAACGUCAUGUCCGUACCAGGUUAUAUUUUACCAGUGAAAGUCAUGUACAUUCUUUGCUCUCUAUUCUUCGCUAUGGUGCCUUAUGCAAUGAAUCAAAGGAUGAACAGUGGAAACGAGCUAUGGAUUACUUAAAUGUUGUCAAUGAACUCAAUUACAUGACUCAGAUUGUGAUCAUGCUUUAUGAGGAUCCUAACAAGGAUCUUUCCUCGGAGGAACGCUUUCAUGUUGAAUUACAUUUUAGUCCAGGAGCUAAAGGAUGUGAAGAAGACAAAAAUUUACCAUCUGGCUAUGGAUAUAGACCAGCUUCAAGAGAGAAUGAAGGCAGGAGAUCUUUUAAAAUUGAUAAUGAUGAUGAACCACAUACUUCUAAAAAAGAUGAGACUGAUCGUGCUGUGAUACUGUUCAAACCUAUGGUAUCAGAGCCAAUUCAUAUACACAGGAAGUCUCCACUUCCAAGAUCUAGGAAGAUUCCUACAAAUGAAGUAAAUUAUUCAAGUAAAACCUUGAAGACUUUUUCCAGCGUCCACCAUCUCCAUGGAUAUCAGAAGUUUGUACUUCCAAAAGACACACAGAGAAAAAGACUAUUCUCUUCAUUUUGUGAAGAGAGCCCCCUGAGUGUGUCUAGCCCAGAGGGUACUGGUACCUGGCUGCAUUAUACCAGUGGUGUGGGUACUGGGCGUCGAAGACGCAGAUCAGGGGAACAAAUCACUUCUUCCCCUGUCUCCCCCAAAUCAUUGGCUUUCACAUCCAGUAUUUUUGGCUCAUGGCAACAGGUUGUAUCUGAAAAUGCUAAUUACCUGCGAACACCAAGAACUCUUGUGGAACAGAAGCAGAACCCUACUGUAGGGUCUCACUGUGCGGGCCUGUUUAGCACCUCGGUGCUCGGGGGUUCUUCAAGCGCACCUAACCUACAGGAUUAUGCUCGUACUCAUCGUAAAAAGCUGACUUCUUCUGGCUGCAUAGAUGACGCCACACGCGGUUCUGCUGUUAAAAGGUUUUCUAUCUCAUUUGCUCGACACCCAACCAAUGAACACCUACACCUCUAUAGGUGCUGGUCCGUUUCCUCUGUGGAAUGUCUAGGCUCCAGUGGCUUUGAAUUGUAUUCCAUGGUACCAUCUAUUUGUCCUCUAGAGACUCUUCACAAUGCCCUGUCUUUAAAGCAGGUGGAUGAAUUUCUUGCUUCCAUUGCUUCUCCAUCAAGUGAAGUUCCAAGGAAGACCCCUGAAAUUUCCUCUGCAGCUUCACGUUCCAGCCCAGUAAUGAGAAGAAAAAUAACUUUAAAUACUUAUACACCUGCAAAGAUCCUCCCAACACCACCAGCUACCUUAAAGGGUAUGAAAGCAAGCAGCAAGCCAGCUACCAGCGGACCUUCUAAUGCAGUUGUUCCUAAUACCUCAUCUCGAAAAAAGAAUAUAACUAACAAAACAGAAAUGCAUGAACACAAAAAGACCACUGGGAAAAAGAAAUGAAAUCUUAGCAGAAGCUGGAACUCCUUAAAUAUAUAAAAGUCAUAUGUUCAAUAGAAAAGGACACAUAAUAAACCUUGACUGAAAACUGUCAAA